GGGAUAUCCAAAUCAGAACAGGUCAAGUCCUUCCAGGCUGUCUAAAGACACAAUAAACGAGCUCCCCAUAACUCCUACGUAAUCGUAAACGUAUACAAAACUCCAUGCCAUGUCGUGUGUGUAUUCAUAGAUUCCAUGAGCAAGCCGGCUCUUAGCAUCCUCCUCCGCCGCCACCACCCCCUCCGCCAUCUCCUCCACCACAACCACCGCCGCCUCCUCCGUCUCCACCAAAUCCUCCACCUCCUCCAUCACCGCCACCCCAGAAACCUACACUCGCACCGUUCGAAGCGCCGUAGUGAUGGUAUCCUCCGCCAUGUCUUCUACCACGCCGCUGCCUCAUUGGGGGCGGGUAGUCGGAAUACUGCUUUGAGGAGCCGCAACCCAUGUCGUAUGAUUGUCGGACUUUGAAUCUGGGGUUUUUGAAUUGUGCGUCGGCGUGACUUGGGAAUAGGAAAUGGGGCCUGUUUGGGCGCAGAGUUCGUGGAAG